AAUCAUCUAGAUCUCGCGAAUAUUUAAAUCGCGAACUCACCUCUUCAGACAUAUUCGCAAUUAUAGGAUUUCGGAAAAGCGGAUCAAUGAAUGAUGAGUUAUUAGAGUCUAGACUCAUUUGUCGGUAAAGGAUAACGUUGUCACAAUCCUUAGUUGUUAUUUAAAUACAAAUAAUUGCGAAAGAUUUGAAUUUUGCGAUUUACUCGCGUAUUAAGGCGAAAAUAAAUCUAACGCAAAAUAUAAAUGCUUUAAAGUAGCUGGACCGUUGUAGGACCGAGAAUUUGUCUUAGUUUAUUUUAGAUGCAAAAAUGUUAGAUGCUUCCUUUUCGAUGUACAAUAUAGCACAAGGAGAACAAAGAAAAAAAACCAUGUCUAUACCACAACAGGUGAUUAAGAUAUACAGUGUUACUACAUGUAUAUACAAAGACCCUAUGGCUUGCAAAUCGUUUAAGACAGUGUGUGGUAGCAGCUUCCCUCGCUACAUGACUAUAUGAUACUUUGAAUCCAAUGAAACCUAAGCAAAAGUAAUGUAAGAAACUCAUCCAAGGAAUGAUGGUAUCAUUCGACUUAUUGCGCGGUAUAGAGCUGGUUCCAGGUAUCUUAUUUUUCUGUCUGCUGAGUCGCGCUUUAGUGAGCUGUUAAAUACGCCUCCUUGCUUGAGUAAAUUACCUAAGUUGAACUAAGUACGAUAUAGUUAAUUACUUAUUACUUUAAACCAUUAACAUGUUUUCAUACCCAGGGUGUGGUAUGAAAGAAAUGUAAACAGGUUUUAUGAAAUAAGCAAAAUAAGAAAUGCCAGUUGUAACAUACUGAUAAGUAAAAACGUGCAAUGUAUACAUGAAGCAGCAUGCUAGCUUCAAACAAACAGCAAGAACGUAAAUAUCACCAGAGGACAAUAGCUUUUUUUUUUUCUUGACAUUAUCUUGGCAGCACUAAAUUAGUGACAAAAACAUGUUUUUUUCUCGCCAACCUCCAAAAGGAGGACUUACAUGUAGGUCGUUAAUGUCGUUUUACUGUGAUCACUUAUGACGUGUAUAACACAUUUUAAUCUCGACCUACUGCCUCAAUAGCAAACAUCCGGUCAUACACUACAAAAGGAAAGACGGGUCUGAAAGUGCACAUAAACCACAUACAGUAUACCGUCGAAGGUUGACAGUCGUGUAUGUAAGUAAUAUAUAAAUAAGCCUUCUCCGUAUCUGGAAUCAAAGACGCAUUUACACCGAGUUGCAAGAUUUGCUAUAUGACUGACAUAUCCAACACCACUGUUUUUCUUUAAAGAUGGAUAAAUUUUACCGGGGAAAAAACAAUUCAGCUCUGGUAACUGUUGCAUGCGCGGACUUCAUUGAAUCAGAUAAAUACCAGUGAGUUUCAUCUGGAACAAGAGUUGUGGGAAAAAAAAUCAUAAUUGAGUAUUGGAUAUCUCCAAGGUCACCAUCAUGUAUUCGGAGUUCCCAACAUAUGCUAUUGUGAUUGUUGGCAUCGUCAUCGCUAUAAUAAUGCUUAGUGCUAUACUCGGAAACUCUUUCGUCAUUUUGGCCUUCAUAAGGGAUGAAAAAUUACGGACAGUGUAUAAUAUUUAUCUGGUCAACUUGGCCUUGACUGAUUUGCUGCUUGGGUGUAUUAGUAUGCCACUUUUCGCUGUAUACACUCUUAACUCAUACAAAUGGAUAAUGCAUAGACAUUCAUGUACAUUCUUUAUGACAAUUAAUGAAAUUCUCUGCUGUGAGGUGGUCAUAAUGAUGGUGAUUUUAAGUUGGGAUCGUCUCAAACUCCUGACUCAAAAGUUGGAAUAUAUGCAACAACAGACCAUUCGAAGUGCUACAAUAAAAGUUGUUGCUUCGUGGAUAAUAUCUUUUCUAAUUCACGGACCUGUACAUUUUGUAUUCCAUUCAUCAAAUCAUGAACACUCAAAUUAUAAAUGCAGUGCUGUAUAUCAUGAACAUAAGAUGUAUAGUUCAAUAUUGACGGUGAUACAAUUUACCGUGCCAUUCCUCUGCCUAUGUAUCAUCAACUCCUUGAUAUUCAAAAAGGUACGAACUCGAAUUAAGAGGCGAGAAACAGCUCGUAAUAGGAUGAAUGGGUACCAUGGCGUUGCCUCAACGAACAAUUUAAAUGCUCUCACUGCAGUUGUGGAUGAACUGACAAACACAAGAAGUCUCACAAAAGCAUCCGGCAUUAAGCGAGCUCUCCGAAUCGCGAAAAACUUGGCUCUUCUUGUGUUUGUGUUCUUUGUAACCUGGGCACCAUAUUCUAUCACAUAUUUUGUGGAUACAGUGUGUACCACAUGUGUGAAUGAGCAUGUUACUACAGUGAUGCUUUGGGUCUUGUGGUCAAAAUCCGCAAUGAAUCCAUUUCUUUACAACUAUAUGUCACCAGGAUUCAAAGAAAACUUUAAAGCUAUGGUAAGGUGCCAUUGUAAGAGAUAACAGUAAAUUAUGAACAGACACAUACAGAUUGAAAUGAUGUUGAUGUGUUUCAAGAGUAUUUGAUUUUAGGAGAUUUCAAUGAUCUCUGCAAAUAUCUCAGAAUGAGUGAAUUGUAUGUUUUCUUCGCUGAGUUUAAUGGAGUGUCUAUUGAAAAUAAUAUCUCGCGAAAAUGUUGAAAACAUUAUCAUGAUUUUUUUCUUAAUUUAUAUAAAGUGUAUACUAAAUCGUGAUUGUAUGUUUACUUGUUUUGAAAUAAAGACGAAAAAUGUU